AUGGAUCAAUCAAUCGAUCUCAUGGAUCCUGCAGCAUGGGAUGACUCUGCGCUGAUCGAUUCCUGGGAUAUGGCCUUGGCAGAAUACAAGCGCUAUCACAGUAUUCACGCAAGAGGAGAGAACGUCAAGGAUAUCAUCAAAAAUGCCGAGGUCGAGGCCGGAUUGAAAAACAUGCCUCUGGACGAUGAGCUACCACCUAUGAACAAUUACAAACAAGACGAUCAAGAUGUAAAGGAGGCGGUAAAGGACCGCAAUACCUCCGAGCAACCACCUGAUACAGCACAAGCACCGACCAACGUCAGUGUAGAACUACCUCAGGCUUUACUUGCGACUGGUGGGCAAUCUUGCGACUUGAACUUCGAGAUUCCCGAUGAGCAGCUCAAGAACCUUAUGAUGGCUUGGUAUUACGCCGGGUACCAUACUGGGCUAGUAGAGGGACAGCGCAAGGCCCAGGAAGCCAUCUUGGCUGAGACGACCAAAUCUUGA